AUGCUUGAUUUCUCACGGAAUAGGCUCUCAGGCUCUAUACCUCCAGAGCUUGGGAAGCUUGAAAAUCAACAAAUUUUAAGGGUUUCUUCUAAUAGACUUACAGGAAGCAUUCCCUCGGAGUUGGGUCAUUGCAAAAAGAUCAUCAAACUGAACCUUAGCGCCAAUUAUCUUUCAGGAAGUAUUCCUUCAGAAAUACUAUCAUUGCCCAAAUUGCAAAACCUUCAACUCCAAGAGAAUAAACUCAUUGGACGUAUUCCUGAUUCUUUUUCUUCCCUCCAAAGUCUAUUUGAAUUGCAGCUUGGAGGUAACAUUCUUCAAGGUCUCAUUCCAUGCAGUUUGAGUAACCUUCACCAUUUCAGUUCAGUCCUUAAUUUAAGCAACAACAGGCUCUCUGGUGAAAUCCCUGCAUGCCUUGGCAAACAAGACAAGUUACAGAUCUUGAUCUCUCAAGCAACAGUUUCUCUGGAACAUAGAAAAGGCAACAGCAGCGGAAGGGUGCUGGCUGGGGUAACCAUUGCUGUGGUGGUCUCCGUGGCAUUGCUUUGUGCGAUGAUCUAUGUACUGGUGGUUAGACACCUGCAAAAGAAACAUUCCUUUGAUCAAACACUUCGCCGUGAGCGACAAUCUAGAACUGAAGAUCUACCUGAGAAUAUGAAAAUCGAAGACAUUAUUCGUGCUACAGAGGGAUGUAGUGACAUGCAUAUCAUUGGGAGAGGCAAACAUGGAACAGUUUACCGGACAGAAUCUUCCAACUCUAGGAACCAUUGGGCUGUCAAGAAAAGAUGGACUUGGAUUAUCGUAACUGAGUUUAUGCCUGGCGGAACACUUUUUGAUGUGCUACACGAGAGCCAACCCCAUUUGGUUUUAAACUGGGACAGACGGUAUAACUCAUGGCCUUUCCUACCUUCACCACGAUUGCGUGCCACAGAUUAUCCAGACACAUCAAGUCAGACAACAUGA